UCUCUAUCUCUCUCUCAUUCUCUCUAUUCGAGCUUCGGUUGGCACAGCUCGGUAGUAUCAUCGUCAGUAGACGAUGACCGCUCGCUGCCAGCGGAUCGUUCUUAUUCUAUAAACGUGUUUUACCUGAAGCGUCGAUCAUCGCCAAACAAACAAACAUGCGCCGUUUGUAUUUAAUAAAUACAUUCUUAUUUAUCUGUCUGUUCGCAUCGUUACCACCUCCAAGUAUACAAUUGCAUUCAUUUUCUGGUGCAUGGGUUAUACCAACCGAGGGUGAAAUUUGGCCAAUGCCGAAUCAGAGAAUCGUUCGAAAGGAAUUUUAUCUUUUGAGACCAUCGACUUUUCAAAUUCGAACGGAAAAUGAGAAUUGCGAUAUAAUCAACGAAGCUAUCGAGAGAUACAAGGGUAUAAUUUUAACUGAAGCACGAAUAGCUAGAAUCGUUGGCGAAGGGCAGUCUAGGACGUCUGUACGAAACGAUGCAUUCUUCAAGGGUACACUGACGAGCUUGGACAUUCAAUUGAAGAACCCUUGCGAACAUAACGGCGAACAUUGGCCACAUUUGUUCAUGAACGAGAGUUACACUCUUGAAAUAAACGAAAUGUCAGUCAGUGCCAGUCUCUCAGCUGAUUCCGUUUGGGGAGUACUUCGAGGUCUUGAAACCUUCUCGCAAAUCCUCGUACCAUCCGGAGACGGUCCUAUCUUGAAGCUACAAUGUCAGACGAUCGAGGAUACACCAAAAUUACGACACAGAGGUAUUCUUUUGGAUACGUCUCGUCAUUAUCUACCAAUAUCCGACAUACUUCUUACUCUGGAUGCAAUGUCCUACAACAAGCUAAACGUUUUACAUUGGCACAUAGUCGACGAUAAUAGUUUCCCUUAUCAAAGCUCCAGGUACCCAGAUUUAUCAGCUAAGGGUGCUUAUCACUCUACCAUGGUUUACACGCCCAAUGAUAUACAAAGAAUCGUUGAUUAUGCGAGAUUACGUGGGAUUCGUGUUAUGCCAGAGUUUGAUACACCUGGACACGUAGCAGCUUGGGGUUUAGCUUAUCCUGAACUUCUCACGAAAUGUUACGACUCUACUGGUAAUCCGAACGGUAAACUUGGACCGAUCAAUCCAAUAAAACCAGAGGUUUACGAAUUCAUGAGAAAUCUCUUUUCUGAGAUAGUCCAGGUAUUUCCAGAUCAGUACGUUCAUCUCGGUGGCGAUGAAGUACCAUUCGAUUGUUGGGGUAGCAAUCCCGAGAUAAAAGCUUAUAUGCAAGCUCACAAUAUGUCAAAAAAUUACGCGUUACUCGAAGGAGAGUACAUUGCCAAACUAUUAGAGAUCACUAGAACGUUGGAUGCCAACUCCAUCGUAUGGCAAGAAGUUUUCGAUAACGGCGUAAAUCUUCCCGAUACCACGGUAGUGCACGUGUGGACCGGACGCUGGCAGAACGAGCUAGAAAGGGCAACAAAAGCCGGACAUCCGGUCUUGCUAUCGGCUUGUUGGUAUCUCGAUCACAUAAGCAACGGUGGCGAUUGGAAAAAGUAUUACACGUGCGAUCCUUUAGGAUUUCCGGCACCGCCCGAAGUCAACUUGAGAGAUGUCAUGUUGGGAGGUGAAGCUUGCAUGUGGGGCGAGUUUGUGGACAGGAACAACGUUCAUCCAAGAAUAUGGCCACGAGCUAGUGCCACGGCCGAACGUUUGUGGAGCGAACAAGCGGAAAGUUUGACUGACGCAUCGAAACGCCUCGAAGAGCACGCUUGUCGUAUGAACAGGCGGGGUAUACCAGCUCAGCCACCAAAUGGACCAGGAUUUUGUGUUCUUUGAUUAGUCACAAAUCUAAUUUUAUACUCGAAACUUUCAUCGACAUUUGUUCGUCAUUAAAAAAAGAUUCGCAUUUUUUCAUACCUAUAUUUAAAUAAACUAAAUAAUUCAACAACCUUA